GAUAUAAGCUGAAUAUUUAAGACAUUCGUCGUUGACAAAAUUCGUACCACCGAAUAUGUGAAUAAAAACUUCUUUUAUAUUUUAGUUUGAUUUUGUUUUAAUUUCUUUUUCUGUGCAUAUUAAACUCUAACAACCCAAAAGACUUCCCAGUUUCUUUUUUUUUCAAUAUGAAUAAUUUAUUACUUCAAUUGUUUAUCAUCGGUGCCACUUUAAUGGUUGAAUUGUCGAGAGGUGCGUCAUGUAGAUCUGAUGGCGACUGCAGAGCAAUGAGCAAGGACAGAUGUUGCGAUGGAAACUGCAAGGACUCCUGCUUCCAGAUGACGACACUCGGGUGGACUCUGCUCUCAAUUGGCCUGUUCGUGGUAUGCAGUCCCUUCUUCAUCAUCAUCUUCAUCUGCUGCAUUUCCGGCUGCUCCUCCUACUGCGCCGACAAAGGGGGAGGGGGAGGGGGAGGAGGGGUUGAUUCGGAGCAACAUGGACACUGUAAUGACACUGCCGGAUUGAAUGGUUGUGGUCGUUGCAGAACUACUGUGGUUCGCGUGCAAGAAACUCAAUUCGGUAGUGGCGAACAAUUAACGGCAGAUGAUGUGAUGAUCAGCACAAGCAGUAUAAACAGAGAACUCCUGCCCCCACCCUACUCCAGAAGGGGUUAUAGGUCAACAGACGGUGACAGCCAGGUACCCCAGCAGACAAUACUAAGGGCCACUACUAUGUCCGAGCCCCCUCCCUAUCCGGGGGCAGCUCUAGUCAUAGGAGCCACACCUCAACAAACACAACAACAUAUUCGCCAACUUUCGAAUAACUAGCCCCACAUUUUAGUCUGGUUUUAUUAUAUUUAACAGUUUGCUCUCCCCUAUCAGAACAUUUUUCAGAGCACACUUUUCUGAUCUUUGACUAAUGUAUUUACUCG